AUGGCUAAAAUACUGUCGUUGGUUAUUUUAGCUAAUGUGUUACUUACUCAUGGCCAAGAAGGCCAUCUAUUUAACGAACCUUCGGGAAAUGAAGAAAGUGAUAAAGAAAAUCCAAGUUAUUCCUACGGCUAUGACGUCGCUGAUACAGAAACUGGUGAUAUUAAGACAGUUUGGGAAUCCAAAGAUGGUGACUCUGUCAAAGGUCACUACAGUUUUUUAGAACCGGAUGGAUCUAUUAGAACUGUAGAAUAUUCAGCAAGUCCACAACAUGGCUUCACAGCGACAGUUAAUAACGACAACACACAGCCGGUUCAAGUUAAUGAUGAGACGAUGAUGGCAGACAAGGCCCUCAGAGAUUACGAUCGCUAUUACGAUUUUUCAGAAGACGCUGAUACAGAUGUUCCGUAUAAAUCGAAAGAAAAGAAGAAAAGAAGACAUCCAUAUGAGUCCAUAUUUGAUGAUUAUACUUUCGUUAAGCGACCAAAACAUCCUAUUGAUUACGAACCCAGUGAAUACUCUCAUAGCUUUUCAAUUAAACAUCCCCACGAUGAAUUAACUCCGGAGGCUACAUCUCAUAUUGGAUUUAAAUUUGAUCCAAAUUGCAAAAAUAAGAAUAAAAAACAAAAGUACCCCUACCCUAAAACAGAAGAACCUGAUUAUCGUAAGCAAAAGUAUCCACCGAUAACAUCUUAUGAUACGUACGCUAACGAUUACGACAAAUAUAUGAGCGAGGCAUCAAAUAUGGAAUUGGAAAAAGUAGUUCAGCGAUACAAACAGAGUGACAAAUUUAAGCCUUCUAAACCAGAUGAAUACGAAUGGCCAUCUAAUAAACACGGAUAUCCAAAUAUUCCACCUCCAGAAAGCUCAUAUCUAGAUUACGAUACACCAAGACCAAAGAAGAAAUAUAAGCCUCAGAAGAAACCAGACUAUUACGAGCCUGAUGAUCUCGACGAUUACAUUCUAGUGCCAAAGAAGAAACACAGAAAGCCACCUAGGGUUAUAGAUCAUCCGGAAUAUAAUACGGGAUACGACGAGGAAUUCGAUGACGGGUAUGAUGAUGAUCGCUAUCACAAACCACCGCGGACUUCGAAUCCGAAUGAAGUUGUUAAGAAAAUAAUUAAAAAACAACCAGCAAUUAAUAUAUUCGAUAUAUUUGAUAUUUAG